AUGGUAGAACUGCAGUGGUGGAACAGUAAUUGUGAAACAGCAAUUGUAGAACAGCAAUGGGUGGAACGGUGCUGGUGGAACAGUGAUAGUGGACAAGUAUGGUUGAAUAGUAAUGGUGGAACAUUGAUGGUGGAACAGCAAUGGUGGAACAGUAAUGGUGGAACGGUAAUGGUGGAACAGUGAUGGUGGAACAUUUAUGGUGGAAUAGCGGAGAUGGAACAGUAAUGGUGAAACAGUUCAGGUGGAAAGGCAAUGGUGGGACACCUUUGGUUGAACACUAGUGGUGAAAUAGUAAUGGUGGAAAGCAAUGGCGGAACAGUAAUGAUGGAACAGUAAUGGUAAAACAGCGAUGGCGGAACAGCAAUGGUGGAACAGCAAUGGUAAAAUAGUAAUGGUGGAACAACAAUAGUGGAACGGUGGUGGUGGAACAGCAAUCGUGGAACAGUGAUGGUGGAACAGUUAUGGUGGAAUAGCAAUGGUAGAAGAGUAAUGGUGGAUGAGUAACGGUGGAACAGGGUGUAAUAGCAAUGGUGGAAUAUUGAUGGUGGAACAGCAAUGGUGGAAUAGUCAUGGUGGAACAGUAAUGGUGGAACAGUAAUAGUGGAACAGUGAUCGGUGGAACAGUGAUGGUGGAAUAGCUAUGAUGGAACAGUAAUGGCGGAUCAGUUAUGGUGGAACAGUACAAGUGGAAAGGCAAUGGUGGAACACCGAUGGUUGAACACUAGUCGUGAAACAGUAAUGGUGGAAAAGCAAUGGUGGAACAGUAAUGGUGGAAAGGUAAUGGUGGAACGGUAAUGGUGGAACAGCAAUGGUGGAACAGUAAUGGUGGAAAGGUAAUGGUGGAACGGUAAUGGUGGAACAGCAAUGGUGGAACAGCAAUGGUUUAAAAGUAAUGGUGGAACAGUAAUGGUGGAACAGUAGUCGUGGUAUUCGUGGAACAGUGAUGGUAAAACUGUGAAGGUGGAACAGUGGAACAGGAAUGGUGAAAGAAUAAAUGUGUAACAGUGAUGGUGGAACUCUUAUGGUUGAAUAGCAAUGGUAAAACAGUAAUGGUGGAACAGUAAUAGUGGAACUGUUGUGGUGGAAUAGCAAUGGUGGAUUGGUGAUGGUAGAACUGCAAUGGUGGAACAGUAAUAGUGGAACAGUAAUGACGGAAGAGCAGUGGUGGAACAAUAAUGAUGGAACAGUAGUGGUGGAACAGCAAUGGUGGAACAGUAAUGGUGGAAUACUAAUGAUGGAACAGUAAUGGGGGAACAGUGAUAGUGGAACAGUAAUGGGGAACAGUGAUGGUGAAACAGUAAUGGUGGAACAGUAAUGGUGGAAGAGUGAUGUUGGAACAAUAAUGGCGGAACAGAAUUGGUGGAACAGUAAUGGUGGUACAGCAUGGUGGCACAGUGAUGUUGGAACAAUAAUGGUGGAACAGAAAUAGUGGAACAGUAAUGGUGGUACAGCAUGGUGGAACAGGAAUGGUGGUACAGUAAUGGGGGAAGAGUAAUGGUCGAACAAUAAUGUGUUAACAGUGAUGCACAGGAAAAAAUAAAGGAUUCCCGUUUUGGAUUUUUUAGGGUAUUUAAAGAAUACCCAUAAAAAUCCCAAAUUUGGCAAAGUGAGACAAGUGCCAACCAGGGAAUUCCCAACCAAGUUCCCUGAUUGGGACUUGUCUUACUCUUCCAAAUUUGGGAUUUUUGUGGGUAUUCUUUAAAUACCCUAAAAUAUCCAAAAAUGGGAAUCUGUUAUUUUUUCCUGUGAUGGUGGAACAGCAAUGCUGGAACAGUGAUGGUGGAACAGUAAUGGUGUGACUGUGACGGUGGAACUUUAAUGAUGAAAUAGCAAUGGUGGAACAGUAUUGGUAGAACAAUAAUGGUGGAACUGUGAUAGUGGAACUGUGAUGGUGGAACAGUGGAACAAAGAUGGUGGAACAAUAAUGGUGGAACUGUGAUAGUGGAACAGUGGAACAAAGAUGGUGGAACAGUAGUGGUGGAACACUAAUGGUGGAGUAGUAAUGGUGUAACGGUGACGGUAAAACAGUAAAGGUCGAACAAUAAUUGUUGACAAGUAAUGGUCGAACAGUGAUGGUGGAACAGUAGUGGUGGAAAACUGAUGUUGGAUCAGGAAUAGUGGAACAGUGGAAGGGAGAAGGUGGAACAGUAAGACACCGAGAAAAAGUAUUUGGUGAAAAGUUUUUCUAUGUUUUGUUUUUAUCAAAAUUGAUCGUGAAAAAAAUGUUUGCUGACGUUCUAGGUAGAAAAGAAGCUUUUAAGACUAUAAGAACAUCGUUUAUGAAAAACGCAUAAUUAUAAUUUUUCCAAAGGGGUUAGUCUAUUUUUUGUCAAAAAUUUGAGAUUUUCUGAACUUUGAUUUUUAUGCAAAAUUGACCAAGAAAAAGUAUCUGAGGAACGUUGCUAUUAUAAAACAAGUUUUUUGCAAUCAUUUGUAAACCAUGUAACCCCUUGUAACCCCCUGUAACCCUUUGUAUCCCCCUGUAAUUUCCUGUAAACCCCAGAAACCCCUUGUAACCCAGUGUUGGCCGUUGUAACCAUCUGAAACCCCCUGUAACCGUAUGUAACCCCUUGGAACCAAUUGUAACCCAUUGUAUCUCCCUAUAACCCCUAGCAGCCUCUUGUAAGCCCCUGUUGCCCCUCGUAGCCCCCUGUAACCCAUUGUAACACCCUGUAAUUUCCUAUAUCGGAAUCUAAUAGACUGUGAAAAUAGAUAGUAAAAAAACGAUUUUCGGCGUUGUAUAUAAAACAGGCAUUUCUGGAAUGUUGAAACAUUGGUUUAAAAGCCGCAGAAUUUGCAUUUUUCCAAAGGUGUAAGUGCAUGGUUUCGGUGAAAAAAAUUAGAUUUUUCAACUUUUUGUUUUAUGCAAAAUACACCGACUAAAAGUAUUUGGUAACGUUCACGUUAGAAACAGGCCUUUCGGGACAACAGAAACAUGGAUUUAAGUAAACCGAAAAAUUGGCAUUUUUGCAAAGGGGUUAGUCAAUGAUUUUGCCCAAAAAAGUUGAAUUUUUUUUAUCUUUUGUUUUUAUCAAGCAUAGGUCUGGAAAGAGUGUUUGCUGACUUUCUCGAUAGAAAAGCCAACAAUAACCCAACAAAUUUCGCCUUUUUUGAAAAGGGUAAGUCCAUCGUUUUCGUC